GCUGCCCAAGAGAAGGAAGAGGGGUAGGGGGCUGCAAGGUCGCGGAGGAGCGGUGCCCCGGCUGCUGGAAACGAAGGCAGGCGACCCCAGAGCGGACCCUGGAGCUUGCUUUGGCCAGAAACUUCGCAGCUCUGUCGAUGCUUUGCCCCCGGGGCCGUGACUGUGCUGGCCGGGGGUCGUGCUGAGGCGGCCCGCCCCCAGCGAUGGACUCGGACCCCAAUGCGAGCAUGCAGGUCGGCAUGCGGGUGGUCCGCGGGGUGGACUGGAAAUGGAGCAACCAGGACAACGGCGAGGGCAACGUCGGGACGGUGGUGGAGAUCGGCCGGCAGGGCAGCCCGACGACCCCCGAUAAGACUGUGGUAGUUCAGUGGGACCACGGGACUCGGACCAACUAUCGGACCGGCUUCCAAGGAUCGUACGACCUGCUGCUGUAUGAUAAUGCACAAAUAGGUGUCCGCCACCCGAACAUCAUCUGCGACUGCUGCAAGAAGCACGGGAUCCGUGGGAUGCGGUGGAAGUGCAAGAUCUGCUUCGACUACGACCUGUGCAUGCACUGCUACAUGAGCAACAAGCACGAAGUCGCCCACGCCUUCGAGCGCUACGAGACGGCUCACUCGCGGCCAGUCACCGUGAGUCCACGGCAGAACUUGAACCGCAUCGCAUUAAAGGGGACCUUCCAGGGUGCGAAAGUGGUUCGCGGCCCCGACUGGGAAUGGGGUAACCAGGAUGGUGGUGAAGGCAAGACUGGGAGAGUGGUCGACAUCCGUGGUUGGGAUGUGGAGACCGGGAGGAGCGUGGCCAGCGUCACGUGGGCAGAUGGCACCACGAACGUGUACCGAGUCGGGCACAAAGGAAAAGUGGACCUGAAGUGCAUUGCAGAAGCAUCCGGGGGGUUUUACUACAAGGAGCAUCUCCCCAAAUUAGGUAAACCCGCUGAGCUGCAGAAAAAGGAGAGCACGGAGAGACACCCGUUCCAGCACGGGGACAAGGUGAAGUGCCUUCUGGACAUCGACAUCUUACGAGAGAUGCAAGAGGGACACGGGGGCUGGAACCCAAAAAUGGCCGAGUUCAUUGGCCAAACAGGAACCGUGCACCGGAUCACAGACAGAGGAGACGUGAGAGUCCAGUUCAGCAACGACACACGGUGGACGUUUCACCCUGGUGCUCUGACGAAGCUGAACAUGUUUUGGGUGGAUGACGUGGUCCGGGUGAUAGAUGAUGUGGAAAGAGUCAAACAGUUUCAAGCUGGCCAUGGGGAAUGGACUGACGAAAUGACCCCGAUCCUGGGCCAUGUUGGCAAGGUGAUCAAAGUGUUUGGCGAUGGAGACUUGCGGGUGUCUUUCGCAGGCCAGUCCUGGACUUUCAACCCUGCCUGUCUGACGGCGCACCAGAGGGAGGAGGAUGCCAACCUAAUGACCACUGAGGACGCUAAAGAAUCUAAAAGCACGCUGCUGUCCGUGCUUGGAAGACUGCUUUCCCAGAAGAUGGAGUCCGACAACCCUGGCCGCCUGGUCGUAGAAGCUGCACAUGGGAGCAUCCCAAAAGUCUGGGACCUGGUUCAGAAAUACCCAGACAAGGUAGAUGUCAAAAACCAGGGCAGAACAGCCUUGCAGGUGGCCUGCUACCUGGGCCAGGUGGAAGUGGUCAAGAUCUUGCUGCAGGCACAUGCCAACAUUAACCUGCGUGACGAAGAAGGGGACACGGCCCUUCAUUACGCGGCUUUUGGGAACCAAGCCGAGAUCGCCCGCAUGCUGGUCAGCAAAGGCGCCAACGCGGACCUCUUGAACAACUCCAAGUGCACGGCCCUGUACAUCGCGGUCAACAAAGGCUUCACGGAAGUUGUGCAGGCCUUGUGUGAGCACAACUGCGCCAUUAACCUGCCGGAUUCGUACGGCGACACCCCGCUGCAUUACGCCAUCACCGCCGACUUCAAGUGCAUCAUCGAGACACUCACGGACGUCCCGAAUAUCGAUUUCACCAUCCAGAACCAGCAAGGUUUCAACCUGUUACACCACGCAGCCCUGAAGGGAAACAAAGUAGCCAUCAAGAAGAUCUUGGCAAGAGCCCGGCAGCUGGUCGAUGCCAAGAAGGAAGAUGGAUUCACUGCUCUGCAUCUCGCUGCCUUGAACAGCCACCGAGACGUGGCUGAGCUCUUGAUCAGAGAGGGCCGCUGUGACGUGAACGUCAAGAACAACCGCAACCAGACGCCCCUGCACCUGGCGGUCACUCAGGGCCACAUGGACAUGGUGCAGCUGCUGGUGAGCGAGGGCUGUGACGUCAACGCCGAGGACGAGGACGGGGACACGGCCAUGCACGUCGUCCUGGAGAGAGAGCACCUCAUGACGGUCAUGGUGGAGGAGCAGCAGCAAGACGGGGAGGAGAGCCUCUUCUCCAAGCUCCGGGCUUCGGGGUUCCUUGGCAGCCACGAGCUGAACGUGGGGACCGCGAUCGCCUGCUACUUGGCUCAGGAGGGUGCCGACGUGAACUAUGCCAACCACCGAGGCAAGUGCCCCCUGGACCUCGUCUCCGACGGAAGCACCCUGCUGCUCAUCAAGAACUUUGCCCAGAAGUUCAGGGAGCAGCAGGACAGCUCCGAGGCCUCCACGAUGACCCGCAGCCUGAGACGAGUUCACACAACCCCCAACACUAUGACCAACCUCAGCGUGACCAAGGUGGCGGCCCGCUCGGAGUGCCUGGUCUGCUCAGAGCUGGCGGUCCUCAUUUGCUUCGUCCCCUGCCAGCACAGCAUCGUGUGCGAAGAGUGUUCUAGAAGAAUGAAGAAAUGCAUCAAAUGCCAAGUGACGAUUGCCAAGAAGCUAAAGCAAGAUAGCUCGGAGGUGGAGUGCAGCUCCUGUUCGGAAACGACGGACCAGAAAAAACUCAUGGAGGACCUGCAGAACCGUUACCGGCAGAUGGAAGAGCGUAUCACGUGUCCCAUCUGCAUCGACAACCAAAUCAAACUGAUCUUCCAGUGUGGGCACGGCUCGUGCCAGGAGUGCGGCACAGCCCUGGACGUUUGCCCCAUUUGCCGACAGACUAUCCGCGAAAGGAUACACAUCUUCGUCUGAGAGUCGCUCUUUCAGACUCUGCAUCCCCGCAGCUCGCCAGCACCCCCAGAAACGCAUUUUUUGAUCCGUGUUCGUUUCCCUUUUCUUUGGUUCAGAAUCACAGCUGCCCUGGUGCGUUAAAAGAAGGGGCGAGGGGUGUGUACGGAAAGCUGGCUUCAGCAGGGGCCAAGUCGCCCUUUGCUGCUUUCUUUCUCUCGGUAUUAACUACAACAGGUGAGAUGCAGAGCCGACUCAACAGGGACUGGUUGGAGACUGUAGGUUUUGGUAUGAAGCCUUUAGUUGUGUGGGAGAAACACAUGACCUUCGAAAGUUGGCAAGUUUCAUUCCGUUGUGGAAAAGCAAUAUUUUCUGCACUUUAAAAAGGCAGGGUUUCAUUUGGGCACCUUCCUUUCAGCAGAAGGGCUGAUCCAGCGCAAGUGUACACAAACAACCACACUCUUUUGUGGGGUGGGGAUUAAAGAACCGCCGGACUUUCUGGGCCAUCGGCGGGCUCUGAUAUAAGAAGCAGACACGGACGACAUUCAGCGAGUGUGAGGAGAAACGUGUCUGCCUUUGUGGUAAAAGCUGCCCUGGCAAAUGAAGUAUUCUUCUAUUGAGUGUUUUUUUUUCACAGCUUGUUGUUUUGGAUUCGUAACGCCCAAAGCAGUUGUCCGUUCUCCAGCCAAGGUGUGUUUCAAAAAAAAAGUUUGAGAAAUUGCAAUAAAAGUCAGAAUUGGUGGGGAAAGGAAACUUCUGGUUUUGGCUGGCAGAUUUUGAGAGUCUCUGUACAUGGGUGAUGCUGAGUAUUAAAAAGUUGCGGCGUUCAGGGCCGAAGAAUAGAAA